AUGAUUCACCCCAAGAUUACUGAUGCGAGUUCCAGACUUCAAAACCCAGAUGAGGUUUUAAGAACAAUUCACAACGGUGAUUUUGACCAUAAUGUCGAGUUCAUAAUCAAAUACUUAAAGCUAUUUCGUAUGCAAAGCGCUCUGGUACAAUUCAUCAUUUAUGGUAAUGCCAUAUUCGUAAUCUUCUCCUUGAGAAUAGAAACCCGUUUGAGAAUAGAAACCCGUUUGAGAACAGAAACCCAUUGGCAAUCUUACUUCAACCCAUCUUCCACCUUUCAAACGAUUUCUGGUGAUUCCCGACCGUCAGAAAUCGUUAAUGGGGUGGUGGUAUUUAUGCAAAAGAUGAAAUCUCGUACGAGACUCGGGAAUGGUAGUGCUGUUAGUAAAAGAUUAAGGAGUGGGAAGAUGGGUGUUAUUGAUUAUGUUUCAGUUAGGAUUUUGAGUGUGAGAGUUAGUUCAGAUUAUGAGAACUUAACGGAUUCAAUUUGUUUGAGUUGGGUAGAAGUUGAUUGA